AAACAAAACAAUGAAUGGUUUCUGAAAAUCUCCGCUUAUGUAAAAACUUUUACUGGUGACAUGGGAUGGCUGAUGAUUCCGAGAAUGAAGGUGAAAGUUACGGCGAGAGCUGGUUAGUUAUCCCGUCUGCAAGGUAAGGCGAAGUUUCGACAAAGCUCUUUUAAAACAAACUUUAACUAAGCCUGUUUAUCUUAUAAAAGCUUGUCUCUUAGUUUACUUUACUUGAACACUCCUUAACUUUUUUUACUAAAAGGAGUUCGCAAACCGUCAGGAGGCAGGAAAAAUUACAGGACGAUGAUAAUCAAAACGAAAAUUUGCUUUGGAAAUCUACCGAAGAGCCCAGCUCCAAAAUAUGGUGAGCAGUUUUUUCAGUUUUUUUUUAUUUCGUUUUAUCAGUUAAGCUUAAGACUUAGCUCAAUAAGCCUAUUUGCAAAACAAUUUUUGACAAGAAAACUUUUUAAAGCUAGAAGUAAUAGUCCCAUUCUACUUUUUAAAAACCCUUUUAUUAUAUUAUUUCUCCAGUGUCAGUGAAUAUACAGGAAGAGCAAAAUACCAUCUGCCAUCUGCUGUUGCGGCUGUUGGGGUAAAAGUAGAAUAAUUGAACUAAAUGAAUGUGUGGGCUACCUUUGAUAUAAGAAAUUAAACACAUAGACCUCUUUCUGACCUCGUUUUAGAGAAAGUUUUUUUUGCGUUUUGCACAUGCUAACGAGGUCAGGUCGCCAUUAUGAAAGAGGUCUAUUUCAAAUCGUUUCUUGUUCUUUCUACUUGUGAAAAAAGUCUGCUAGGUAUUCAAACACCAAAUAUAUAACUUCGGUAGGUGAUUGAAAACUUUAAAGAUAUUUCAGGUUUGCAUUUUUCAUCAAAAAGAAAUUAAUUUAAGACCUUUUUUGGUCAACUUGGCUAACCGCCAGUGUUUUCCUGAAAAGCCCCUGCUUCUGUGAAGAAAAGAUUUGUCUUUUGGCUUUUAGGUUUGCAGCAAAGUUGUGACAAGAAGUUCUGGACUUAACAAUGAUGCUCAGAAGGAUAUUAAAUCUGCCUGUUCUAUGGGAGGUCUACCACACCCUUCUAAGCUGAAGAAAAGAAAGCAAAAACGCCUUAGAAGGGCGAACUCCUUACGUCAAAAUCAAUAUGGGUUUGAUGUGACAGCACACGUUGCACAGCUAAAAAGAAAACACGCCGAAUUUAACUGGUAAGUGAUCACUUAAUUCUUUGUGAACUAAAUGCAGUCGAACCUUCAUGUGCGACCACCUCUCAUAAGCGACCACUUAUCCAAAAUAAAAAAUAUUUUCCCGAUCAAAGCCUUAUCGUUGGAAACUUAAGCAAACGAGCACUUUUCGUACAGGCAACCGCGGCGACUUUUCAGGAUGCCGGUUAUAGAAUUUUCCAUUGUUUUUAACCUCUUCUAAGCGAUCAAAUGAUAAUAUGGUCUGAUCACUGCAUGUUCUACGCCUCUCAAGAGUAUGAGAAGAACUUUUAGAAACAAUAUGGAUUUACAUAUAAAUUUAUUGUAACCUACUAAACUGUAUGCAAUACCGACAUUCUCUCCAAAAAGUAGAUGUGUUCACAAUUCUCCUCGCAAAAGACUUCCUGAAGUUCAACUCUUCGCCCUCUGGGCUACUCUACCCCACUUACAGGGGUUCCGACUGUAGAAAGUUACAAAAGUCGUCCUUUCAGAGGUAGAUCUAAGCAGGUUCCCCAAUUAGGAUGUUUUCUUGUUAUACCCUUGUCGCUCCCAAUACAGUACCAGCCAGUCGAUCAGGACAGUUUUAUUAGAGAAAUUCAAAUAAACAGUUUGAGGCAGUUUCUUUGUGUUUUUAUAGGACCAUUUCAAACUACACCCAGCAUGGUUGUGAUUUCAUUAAACGUGCUAGCUUUUUUCAAUGUUUCGUUUUUUAUCAUUUUAUUUAUUUAAUUUCUCAAGGCUUCCUUCUUAUCCAAGAGAUAAAAUCAUCUCCCCAUCCCUCGCAGUUGAUGAAGAACCUUUUCCUCUCGGAAGUACUGGACCACAGUGUGUUCCCUGCACUCCAAAGUUAGACAAUACAGAAGUUGAGCUUCAAAGUGAACAUUCAGAAACUGAAUGGACUCUCUGCCAAUUACCAACCUUAAUCAAUAGCAAACCCGCAACGUCUGAUUGGUUUAUGGAUUACCAACAGGUACGUUAGACACAUGUGCAUUUUAAGAAACGACGUCAAAAUUUCUUAAACCAAGUGGAACAGGGGAGUGCUCAUGAUCAGUGAUCCUCAGUGAAAGGUUUCGCUGAGUUUUCGGGCUAUUUUUACAUCAUUUCCAUGAUUUAAUGAGUACUGCAGUCGAUGAAUGGAUACUAACUGUACAUGGUUGAGUGUUGUUACGUUGUUGUUGUUCAAUGUUGUUGUUGUUUUUUACCACAGUAGUAAGACUUGGCGAGGUCAGUAAGAUUUUAAACAACUAUUUCCGCUGGAGUUUCAAGGAAAAUCACGUGUUCUCACAGUAGAGAAGGAAAGAUUGUGGCUGAAAAAAUUACCCCAUAGCAAGCAUUUAUACAAGUUUCAAAGUAUUUCUUUUUUUUUACCUUUUAGACACCACAGUUGUUGGCGGGGCCAUUUAGUAUACCCUCAUAUGCUGUUGCCACAAGGAGAACAUCACGACAAGCAACAGAGGAUGGAGACUGUGAUAUCAUAUCCUUUUGGGCAAAAAAAAUCACUUCUUUACUUGUCAGCGGACUGUGA